CCGGAGCUCCCUGCCUUCUGCCACCUCCUUCCUUCCUUCCCUCUGUCCACUCCUUCUUCAUCUUCUUCUUCUUCCUCCCCAGUCCCGUUCUUAAUUCAUCGGCAUCUUCUGGUGAGCCUUCCAUCAACUGUUCACUCUUCUGCUUAUAUCUCUUUUCUUUUCACUGAUCGUUCUACCGUGCUUCACUGCUUCAUAGCGUUGACCUCUACGAACCUAUUUGGUAGCUUGUCACUAUGAAGCUUUCACUCGCCCUCGCUGGGGGCUCCCUCUUGCUGGGACGUGCCCUGGCUGAUUUGCCCACCAUCGAAACCAAGGGCUCCAAAUUCUUCUAUUCCAACAACGGUACCGAGUUCUUCAUUCGCGGUGUUGCCUAUCAGCAGGACUACUCCACCAACAGCACUGGCGAAAACGACAAGUACAUCGACCCUCUCGCCGACUCUACUAGCUGCAAGCGUGACAUUCCGUACCUGAAAGAGCUCCGUACCAACGUCAUCCGGACCUACGCUAUCGAUCCCUCCAAGAACCACGACGAGUGCAUGAAUGCUUUGGCUGAUGCCGGUAUCUACCUCAUCACUGAUUUGUCAUCCCCGCACGAGUCUAUCAACCGCAAUGAGCCCAAGUGGGAUACAGAUCUGUUCUCGCGGUACGCCAAAGUCGUCGAUGCAUUGGCCAAGUACCCCAACGUCAUCGGCUUCUUUGCGGGGAACGAGGUCGCCAAUGCCAAGAACAACACCAACUCGAUUGCCUACGUCAAAGGUGCUGUCCGCGAUAUGAAGGCCUACAUCAAGGAGAAGGGCUAUCGUGAGUCGCUGGCUGUGGGAUACGCCACCGAUGAUGAUGCCUCGAUCCGUGCCGACUUGGCCGACUACUUGACCUGUGGUGACAAGGACACCUCCAUUGAUAUGUUCGGAUACAACAUUUAUGAGUGGUGUGGUGAGUCCUCCUUCGAGAAAUCCGGAUACAGUGAGCGGACCAAGGAGUUCAAAGACUACCCUGUCCCUGCCUUCUUCUCUGAAUAUGGUUGUAUCCACCCGCGUCCUCGAAAAUUCUCGGAUGUUCCCGUCCUCUUUGGCGAUAAGAUGAAUGGUGUGUGGAGCGGUGGGAUUGUCUACAUGUAUUUCCAGGAAACCAAUGACUACGGCCUGGUGUCGGUCGAUGGCGACAAGGUCAGCAAGAUGGAAGACUUUGACUAUCUCUCCUCCCAGAUGGCCAAGGUGAACCCGACCGGUAUCAAGAGUGCCGACUAUGAGCCUGAAAACACUGCUCGCGCAUGCCCUUCUGUUGACAAGGACUGGGAGGCUGCCAAGGAGUUGCCUCCGACCCCGAACUCGGACCUGUGCUCUUGCAUGGUCGACACUCUGUCCUGCGUUCUCAAGGACUCGGUUAACGAGGAGGACAUGGGUGAGCUCUUUGGCGUGGUUUGCGGCUCCGAUGGCGUGUGUGAUGGCAUCGCUUCCAACUCUACCACUGGUAUCUACGGCGCCUACAGUGUCUGCAGCGCCAAGCAGAAACUUUCCUUCGUCAUGGACCAGUACUACAAGAAGCAGAACAAGAAGUCCACCGCUUGUGACUUUUCCGGUGCCGCUCGUGUGCAAGAUUCCUCCAACCCCAAGGGCACUUGCUCUGCUCUGAUCAAGCAGGCCGGGGCUGACGGCACGGGUUCAGUCACCUCUAUCCCGACUGACGUCGCUGGUGAAAGCGCUAGUUCGACUUCGGAGGGUGCUGCCGGUGCUCUGGUAACUCCCACUGCUGUCAAUGUUGGCGCUUGGCAGUUUGGAGUCUACUUGGCUACAGCUAUCGUUGCGGGUGCCGGAAUGAUCCUUCUGUGAUGAAGACGUGUGUUAUGUGCGUUAGUCUUGCCAGGAGGCCUCUUCCUGUUAUCUGAGUGGAGUAUAUAUUAACAGAUUCGUUCGUUUAAGGGGGUCUACGUGGGAAUAAAGAGGACAGUCUUAAUACUUAUGAUGUUAUGUAGUGAUGGAUCAAUGGAUUAUUUCAAUCAUUCCUGCUGUAUAUGAUUAUUCAUGCGGCUUCGGCGACGUUGACCGAUGAGCUCCACCCGGGUAGACUAAGCUUCGGUGAUCUGCCCGGCAAGCCGAGCCCGC